AUGAAAGAAACAACUUCAUUGAAACCGGUGACAUAGAAAAAAAAUAAAAGCAAUUUUUUAUUGGAAAUGAAUGAGAAAGAUAAAGAAAUCAAUAAUCAAAUUAUUAAGAACAUGAAUAAGAGAGUUAAUUAUCUAAAGAAUCCUCGAUUCAAAAUUAAUAAAGCACCGGUUCUAUUUUCAUAUAUCAAUACAAAGCAAGUAAGAUUAGUUUGAAUUAACUUAGGAUAUUGUUGUAGAGAAAGAUUAAAUUACAUCUUUUAGAGUUUUUCCAAAAUAAUUGAUAUUUAGAGAGUACAUGUUGAAUGGUAUGUAUGAAAUAGAUUUGUAUGUUACCAAUGCUACUGGGACUUUGUAAAGAAUCAAAGUGUUACCACCUGAAAAGUGAGUGAUUUAACAUUAUUUUAGAAAGGAGUUUCAGAUAGCAGCAAUUAAAUAUCCAACAAAAGAGGAUGGAUUUAUAGCUCCAGGGAUGAGUGCAGUAUUAAAGGUUAGAUUUAAUCCAUCUUCAUUGGCAGAGUUUGAUGACACAAUAGCCGUAAUAACAGAAGAUCAUAUUUUAAAAGUUCCAUUAUUAGCAAGAAAGGAACCACCUUAAUUAGAUUUGCCAUCAUAAUUAGAUUGUUAGAGUUGUUGGAUAGGUGAUUAAGUAGAAACAAGAUUUGUAGUUAAGAAUUCUGGAGGAGAAGCAGGUUAUCGUUUUUUUAUUAAUAAUCAAUAAGAUUAAUAAGAAGAAGAGAAUUAUAUAUAGGUUGGUAAUUUCUAUUUAUCACCUGCUGAAUUCUUCUUACAUAAAGGUGAAACUUAAAUCAUUUAAGCAAUAUUUAAACCAGAUGUUGAAGGUGAAGUUAUUGAAAACAUUAUAUUAGGAUGUGAUAAUUUAACUUAGGCUACAUUAAAAUUGAUUGGUAGAGGAAAUAUGGUAGAAUUAGGAAUAUUAGGAAUUGAUAAUAUUAAUUUAGAAAAUUAAGAACAAUUAUAAAAGAUAUUUUUUAAUGAUCCUAUUCCAAAAGUUGAAACUAGUAGACAAUUAAAAAUAAGAAAUAAAACAUCUGUUAAAGUUAAAUAUCAUUGGUAUCUAUAAAAUGAUGAUAAGGAAUUAAAAUUAGAAGAUGAAUAAAAUUAUUAUUCUAUUUAACCUUAAGAAGGAUAUUUUUAACCUAAUGAAGUUAUAGAUUUUAAGAUAUUUUUAUAGAGUGAAGAAUAUUAUCCACUAUUUUAAACAGCCUAUUUAAUUAUUGAUGAUAUUCCAUUUGAAAGUAUUAGAAAUCCACCUCCUAAUUUAAAAUAAUAAUUUGAAAAUAAUUCAUAAUCAGUUGCUAUUGGAUCUAAUAGUAUUAAACCAUCAAUAACAUACUUUGAAUUUGAAUUAAUUAGCAAGUCUGCACUUGGAGAAGUGAGUGUUACACCUCAAUUUUAUAAAUUUCCUAUUCCUAUUUGUGUGAAUACUUUGGCUUAAUAUAAAUUUAAAUUAUCAACAACAUCAAAAACUUAAAUGANGUGAUUUAACAUUAUUUUAGAAAGGAGUUUCAGAUAGCAGCAAUUAAAUAUCCAACAAAAGAGGAUGGAUUUAUAGCUCCAGGGAUGAGUGCAGUAUUAAAGGUUAGAUUUAAUCCAUCUUCAUUGGCAGAGUUUGAUGAUACAAUAGCCGUAAUAACAGAAGAUCAUAUUUUAAAAGUUCCAUUAUUAGCAAGAAAGGAACCACCUUAAUUAGAUUUACCAUCAUAAUUAGAUUGUUAGAGUUGUUGGAUAGGUGAUUAAGUAGAAACAAGAUUUGUAGUUAAAAAUUCUGGAGGAGAAGCAGGUUAUCGUUUUUUUAUUAAUAAUCAAUAAGAUUAAUAAGAAGAAGAGAAUUAUAUAUAAAUUGGUAAUUUCUAUUUAUCACCUGCUGAAUUCUUCUUACAUAAAGGUGAAACUUAAAUCAUUUAAGCAAUAUUUAAACCAGAUGUUGAAGGUGAAGUUAUUGAAAACAUUAUAUUAGGAUGUGAUAAUUUAACUUAGGCUACAUUAAAAUUGAUUGGUAGAGGAAAUAUGGUAGAAUUAGGAAUAUUAGGAAUUGAUAAUAUUAAUUUAGAAAAUUAAGAACAAUUAUAAAAGAUAUUUUUUAAUGAUCCUAUUCCAAAAGUUGAAACUAGUAGACAAUUAAAAAUAAGAAAUAAAACAUCUGUUAAAGUUAAAUAUCAUUGGUAUCUAUAAAAUGAUGAUAAGGAAUUAAAAUUAGAAGAUGAAUAAAAUUAUUAUUCUAUUUAACCUUAAGAAGGAUAUUUUUAACCUAAUGAAGUUAUAGAUUUUAAGAUAUUUUUAUAGAGUGAAGAAUAUUAUCCACUAUUUUAAACAGCCUAUUUAAUUAUUGAUGAUAUUCCAUUUGAAAGUAUUAGAAAUCCACCUCCUAAUUUAAGAUAACAAUUUGAAAAUAAUACAUAAUCUGUUGCUAUUGGAUCUAAUAGUAUUAAACCAUCAAUUACAUACUUUGAAUUUGAAUUAAUUAGUAAGUCUGCACUUGGAGAAGUGAGUGUUACACCUUAAUUCUAUAAAUUUCCUGUUCCUUUAUGUGUAAAUACUUUAGCUACUUAUAAAUUUAAAUUAUAAACAACAUCAAAAAAUUAAAUGAAAUAUUAAAUUAAUCCACUUCAAUUAGAUUAUUUUUAUAUUUAAGAUAAAUAAGGAGUUAUUAAUAAUGAAGCUGAAAUUGUCUUAGGGGUUUAAAGUUCUGAAGUUGGUCAUAUGAAAUUAGAAUACAGAAUAGACUUUGAUUAUGCUAAUUCUAUACUAAUUACAGUAUUUGCUGAAGUUAUAGCUCCUAUCAUAUCAGUAAAAUAAAGUUGGUUGAAUUAUGGAUUGAUUUAAACUUAUUCUUUGGAAUCAUAAGAAUUAACUAUUAAUAAUUUAUCACCAGUACCUGCAUUAAUUAAAGCAUAAUCUGGAUCAGAUUAAAGGUUAUUAUUUAAUAAAGAUUAAUUUGAAAUCAAACCAAAUAGUUCAAUUUAAUAUAAAGUUGAAUUUUAAUCUAGAGAGGCUGAAACCUAUAAUGAUUUCUUAUAUUUUUAGGUAGAAAAUGGAGAUUGUGUUGUUUUAGAUGUAUUUGCAGAAGUAUAAAAUCCAAGUGUUUCUUUAAAUAGAUUAUCUCUUAAUAUUGAUACUUUGUAUUGUGGUAAUACAUACACAUUUGAUUAAAGAGCAUAAUAAUAUAUUUAAUUAUAAAAUUUAGGUAAUAUUAGUACUCCUUUUGAAUGGGUAGUUGAUAAUGAAAAAUAAGAUAAAUACUUAGUAUAAUUUGAACCUAAAAAAGGAGUUCUUAAACCUAAAACAAAUUAAAUAAUUAAAUUCUCUAUUAAACCAAAAGAAGGUGGAAAAUUAAAUGAACUCUUUGUUUGUGAAGUUCAAGGUUUACAAUAUCCAUUAGGAUUUGAAAUGAAUACUAUGAUUUAUGGUUUAUCUGUAGAAUAUGAAUUAGUUGAUGAUAGUGCACAUAUAUCUUCUAAAACAUCAGUUAGUUCAAAAUCUAAAAGUCUCAAAGAUUCAAGGAAAUCACUUUUGAAAGCAGAUACUGAAAUAAAAAAUUAAUAAAUGGAUAAAUUAGAAUUUUAUAAUUGUACAAUAAAUUAACCAAAACAAGCUAAGUUUUUAAUAAAAAAUACAUCUGGUAUUCAUACAUAAUUUACUUUGUUUAUGAGAAAAUAUUAACCACAUGCAUUAGAAGAGUAAUCAACUCUUUUUGAUGAUUUUGAUGCUAAAUCAUAAGCAGCAAGAACAAUUAAAUUUGCUGAAUCUUCUAUUUCUAAAUCUGUAUCUAAAAAAGGAAAAAUUACUUAAGGAGGUAGACCUGUAGUAUUAUUAACAAAUAAGAUUGAGAAAACACAUAAUUUUACUUCUGAAGCAGGUCUUAAAUUAAAUAAAUAAAAGAAAAUGGAACAUGAUUAAAGAGUUUAUCUAUCUAAUAAUUUGGGUAUUGCAGUUGUAUUUGAACCAUCCUCUGGUACAUUAAAUGCAUAUGGAUCUGUUGUUGUUUAAGUAACAGUAUUUAAUGAUAUUUGUGGAUUAUUUGAAGAUUUAAUGUGUUGUGAUAUUAGAGGACUUCCUACAAAAGAAUUUCCAAUUGCAAUAGAUAUUAAAGGUUCUCCUAUUGUAAUUAGUCCUAGUCAAUUAGGAUUUAAUUAUAAAACAGAUUUUCCUACAUUUGAUUUAGGUACCUAUAUGAGAAAUUUUGGAACAAUCAGUAGAGAUUUUAGAGUUAUGAAUACUGGUCCUUAAGAUGUUGAAUUGGAAUGGAAAAUUUACAAUUUAGGAAAUAGUACUAUGUCUGAUUAUUUUGAAAUUAAAAUAACAGAACCAUAAUUAGGAUCAGAUUAAUUGUGUGAUGUUUAAUUUAUAGCAAAUGAACCACCAGAAUCAAAGGAUGGUCCAUUUUAAGUAGUACCAAAUAAAGAGAGAAUCAAAUAAAGGAAGGAGAAACAUUUUACUUUACAUUUUACUACAUAAGAUACUGGAAAUUAUAGUGCUUGUUUAGUUGCAAGACCAAGACUUAUUAAUUAAGAUAAAACAAUAGGAGAAGUAGCUUUUUAUGUGAAAAGUGAAACUAUUACACCUUAUUUGACAUUUGAUAAGCUUGAAAAAUUGGAAGGAGGAUUUUAGGUUAAAUUUUAGAAAUGGUCUAGUGGUUAUAAUUAAAAAUAAGAAAAGAAAUUAGUUUUAGUCAAUAGAUAAAAAUCAAGUUUUGUAUGUACUUUUGAAAUUGAAGGACCAUUUAAAAUAAUGUAGACAUCAACAAAUUCACCUUAAAAAUAUGAACUUGGUAUGAAAACUGAAAUAGCAAAAACAUUUAAUUUAGUAACUGAUUCACAUGUAGAAUUACUAGUAAAAUUUGAAGGUUAUUAACCUAAUGAUCCAGUUAAUUGGCCACUUACUUAUAAAGUGUAUCAUCAUGGAUCAAUUAAUAUUUUUUAUGCUAAUGGAGACAAAUAAUAAAUUUAAUUGGAAGGGAUUCUAUUAAGACCUUUUGUUCAUUUAAAUACUUCUGGGAUUGAUCAAGUAGAAGGACCUGAAGUAUUGGAUUUUGGAGAUGUAUAAGAAGAUAAGACUAUUGCUAUUUAUUUAUCAAAUUUAUCAUUAGUUCCUGCUUAAUGGAAAUUAUAACAUUAAAAAAAUCCAUUAAGGAAAAAUAUAGUUGAUAGAACAAUGACUUUAGAAGACAAAGAAGAAAUGAAAAAAACUGAUGAUCCAUCUGUGUUUGAAUUUUAAAUUACAGAAGGUAAAUUAGAUGGACCAUCAACAAUGGUACACACUUUACCACAUGCUACAUGUUUACCUUAUCAAAUAACAAUUGAUGAUAUAAGAGAAUUAGGUGUAUAACCAUUUAAGAUACUUAUUAGAUUCAAAGUAAAUUAUUUAUAUAAAUUUAAAGCCUACUGCUGAAUUAUUAUAUAAGUCAAAAUAUAGAAUAAAAGUUUAAGAAGGCCCUAGUGUAGAUUUCAUUCUCAGAGGUUCUGGUAAAGAUUUGAUCAAAAGAAAAGUAUGA